AUGAGACUAGCUAAAAUAGUCUAUGUGGCUAACAUUAUAGCCAGUUGUAUGGCUUUUCCGUUAUCUACCAAUGCAGAUUCAAAAAGUCUUCCCCUGAUAGACGAUGCCAUUUGGAAUGAAAUGAUCAGAUGGCAAUCUGUUUGGCUUGCUAGUGAGGACUUUCAAUCGCUCGGUAUUAACCAAGAGCUUGUAUCUAAAAUCAACGGUUUCUUACAGUUUUCAGAAUCCUUCUUGAGAAAGGCAUUCAAUGACCAACAGAGACAGAAUCAAUUACAACGGCAGAAACAACAGCAAGAAGGUAUUUGCACAUUAGAUAAUAAGAGAGGGAAACUUCGCGAUAAAUUAAAGUUCAAUGUUUUCAAGUGGAAAGGGAAGCUAUCAGAAAUAAUGAAAAUUAAGAAGAACAUUAGGAGUGGGCAGAAAAGGGGUGAUCUUAAUUCUCAACAAUUGAUUGGUGAAUUAGAAAAACUUAAAAACAUUGUCGCCAGCUAUGUGGAGCAAACAAAUAACCCACCAGUCGUUACCAUAUUACGCAUUGUUGGCGCAAAUCUUGACAACCAAUUGUUGAAAGUUAAGGUAGCACUUGAAGCAGAAGGAAACAUAUCCGACAAGAAUAUGGAGUCGUUAGUGUCGCAAACAGAGCAUGUCAUAAACAUUGCUGAGACCCUAAUAAAAACCGUCGACGAAAUUCGUGCCACAAGUGUUGACAAAUUCAUCCAGGCAAACGUCGGUGACAUGCAUUCCUAUUUAGGAGGCCUAAGCAACCUUCAGUUUAAUGAUUCUCUUGCAAUCAUUGACGAAGUGACAGAUUUCCAUAGUACAGAUCCCACCGUACUUUUCGUUGACGAAUGGGUUACAGAAAGUGGGGCCAGCAAGUUAAGGAAGAUAUUUAAUUGGUUUAACACUACCACUGUCGUUCCCACGGACUUUUAUUUUAAACAUAGUAACAGACAGUUGACCUUACUUUCCCUAAAAUUAUUCAGCUAUAUUGCUUAUCAGACAAUUGGAGGGACAAUGUACUGUAUCUUGGAACUCACAGUACCAAAAUCAGUAUCUGCUUGGGAUAAUUGUGGCAAUUUCCACUCUGCGCAGCUUCGGAAGGAAUGGAUACUUCUUUCUGUGUUGUUGACCCGUCUUACUAUGAAUCCGUUGAAAACGUAUACAAAGCAUCUAGGAAAGUAUGCCGUUCAUUCGACGCAAUCAGCGUUAUGUAGCUGA